UCCAAAAUUUUGUUACAUAUUUUGAAAUAAAUUUACCAACGAUCAAUAGCACGGCGAUAUCAGAAAUUCAAGCAUUAGGCAUGUGUUUGAAUAUCAACUGGUCAUACAUCCAUUAAAUCAUCCAUUACUAGAAUUCUCCCGGAGUAUUCUAAAAUUCUUUCUUCACAACCAAAAAAAAAAAAAACAGAAAAAGCAAGACCAUCAUCUAUACCAUCUCUGUUCCAUCAAACCAAACCAUAAGUAAAGGACACACCUUGGUUUAUCCCUUCCACCCAUAUAAGAGUUGCUGAUCAAUAUACUAUCAGUUUAACAAACACGUGUAUACCAGGUGUCCAACAGUAGUAGCAUUGAGGGCAACAAAAUGGACUAAGUGCUACCAUGUUCAUAGCAAUUAGUAACCCUCUCAACUUUUAAACCGUCAUUUUUGUUUUCCUCUCUUUUCCUUCGUGAAAGGGAUGGAGAAAAUAGAGGUUGUGAAGCUAAAUGAAGGUCUGAAUCAUGGUGAUAAUUGUGACCAAAAUGUGUUCGAGAAGGAAGUCUUGGAGGAGGAAGAGCAAGGUCAUGUUUGUGAAUGCCCAAUAUCAUCAGAGCAGAGUGUUAAAUCUACGAAAGAUAAUUUGAAUCUGAUCCAGUUGUCUAACACCCCACCAGCACUCUCUCCCUCCACUCCUUCCAUGGGUAAACAAAAGAAGCCCCAUGAAAUCAAAGACAAGAUGUCGCCAAUGAAGAAAAAGAAACGUCCGGGUUCGAUAUCGGAGCAUACAAUAACUGAUGAUGCAAGAAAGUUCUAUAAGCCAAAAAGGGCAGCAAGUAACGCGUUAAAUAGUCCCGGUGAAGUUAAGUCAUCCGCCAUGAUUCGAGCAGAGGAGGUUCAAUCGAGUCUAGGUACUGAAUUUCCUAGCUUUGUGAAAGUGAUGGUUAGAUCACACGUUUCGAGUUGUUUUUGGAUGCGGCUUCCUGUGCCAUUCUGCAAGUCGCACCUACCAAAAAAUGAUGCUAUCAUCAGUUUGGAAAAUGAAAGUGGGGAACAAUUUGACUUAAAAUUCAUUGCAGAUAAGCAAGGGCUCAGUGCAGGGUGGAGGAAGUUUGCUAUUCUACACGAAUUGCUUGAGAGGGAUGUUUUGAUCUUCCAAUUAACCAAAGCUACCAAAUUUAAGGUGUAUAUAAUAAGGGCAAAUGAUUUUAAUGAGGUAGAUGGUGCUCGUGGCCUUCUAAAUUUGGAUGCUUAUACAAAGCAAAAUGCUGCAGAAGACGGAAGUACAAUAGCUCUCAGGAACACGAAGAGGAAGCGUUUGAAGUCUGGACCAGUGUGGCCAGUGGAACAAUCUGAAAAUGUUAGUGAUGUGAUUGCUUCUGAAGUUCUUGUAGGUUCCAAAGUCUCUGGUUCUUCUGUUGCGUUUGGAGACAUCAAAAGCUUUGACGACUUCAAAAUUACUCUAAACAGGUUAUAUAUUGAUUCUGAGCUCCCCGAACGUGUAUGGACCAAGUACUAUGAGCUCUGCUGCAGUAAGAAUUCAUUUCUUCAUGCUAAUCUUCUCCAGGGCCUCAACUGUACUUUGGUUACUGGGAUUAUAUUUGAAACUGUCAACAUUGCUGAUGCCAUUAGAGGUUGCAAGCUUACCACCUCCAAGGAUGAAUUUGUGAAUUGGGGGAAGACCUUGAAAUCAUUUGAAGUUAUGGGAAUGAAUGUUGGAUUUUUACUUGCUCGGCUGCGCAGGCUUCAGACCCUUGCCUUUGAAUCAGAAGAUGCCUUGAAGGCAAAGAGGUACAUCGAGGGUAAAGCUAAACGUGUUCAAGCAGAAAAAUGGAUAAGGAGUCUGGAAGAAAAGCUUGCGCAAUUGAAGGAGGCGUCUGAAAAGAUUGAUGCUGAUACUGAGACUCUGGAGUCAAAAGCUGAGAGCUAUAAAGUCAAGUUUCAGAAAGAAGUUGAUACUCCAUGGUAAUUUUUGUAUUUUGUUAAAUAUGGCCACAUGUAAAUAUGUAAUUAACAAGGUAAGGUAAGUAUGUUUCUGGCAGUAACUUUUGUAGUUGUGGCCAUAAGUUCUGGUAACAUUGUAACAUACAACUUUGGUCGGUGUGAAGUGUGGUUUGCUAGACAGUAAUGGGGAUUUUGGGUUGUUUGUCUAAUAAGCUCGCAUGCCAAUAUUCCAAUAACCAUAUAUUAAAUCGCCAAAAUUUUGUAUAAAUUCUAGUAUGAGUCAUAAAUAUAGAUACUCAAUCUAUUUUAU